CAGAAUCACAUGGUUCGGUUUACUCAUCCCGUCGACGUCUAAAGAUCUGUACGUGUGUCGGAAUGGAGUUUUAAUAAAUCUCGAGCAAAUACCUAUAAUUUUUAAUUGCGUAUAGAUUUAUAAGGUUAAAAAAAAUGGAAGAACAGCUUUCAAAAACUACAACAGAAGAAGAACAAAUAAAAUUAUUUCAUACAAACCAUGAUGAAGCAUAUAUGUAUAUAUCACAAGGUUUGAGUUAUGAAGAACAAGGACAAAAUAUUUUAGCAAAAGAAAUGUAUCAGAGAGGAAUUCAAAAAAUGGAAACCGCUUUGGCCAUUCGUUGUGAUCAACCGUAUUGUACCGGGGAAAGAUGGAACAAAAUCAGAAAUAUGCAACAUAAAAUGAGAUUAACAUUACAGAAAGUAAAUAUUCAAGUUUCUACCAUUGGAGAUAAUGCAGUUCCUGCGGCAACUAGCGAAACAAAUAAUAGCCACGGAAAUAAAAUAUUAGAUAGACCACCAUCGUACGAAGAAGCUUGUGGCUAUGCAUCAUUGGGAUCUGCUUCAUUUAAUGGAAGUAAUACGUGUAAUUAUCAAAAAGAUGUAAAUAGUAAUAGUAAAGAUUCACCGGUCGAUUAUAAGGAAUUAUCAAGCGAAGCAAGAAUGGAACGAUCCCACUCCAUGGGUGCGGAAGAAAUAUUUUCCAUUGCCGACGGAGUACAAAUUUUUUUUAUAUCGCGAGAAGAAUAUGUCAGUGCUCCGUCGUAUCCUUCUUCUCUUCAUAUAUAUAAAUUUGUUGAUGCUCAAGAGGCAGCUGCACAAAACAGUCCACAAGCUUGGUUACAAAUUGGCGAUUGGAUUUAUCCGUUAGAUCCUGGAAAAUCACCUGUUUUACACAGUGGUUAUGGUGCCUUCAUUUUUCCAGACGUUGCAGCAAAUCAAACAGGUUCUUCCAUAGGUGUAAUACUGCCAUCAGAAUUGGACCAAUCGACUAAAGAUUUAUUUGAAGCAAUAUUAAUUGAAUUAACAGCAUUGAAAAAAGAAAAAUUUCUGUCUUUAAAAGAGAUAGAUGCUAAAGAGCGCGUGAGUUAUAAAAUUUCUCAGGGAAUUGUUGCAGGAGCGGAGUUAUUAUCUGAGGGUUUAUCAAAGGGUGUGGAAUUGACAAAUGAUCUUAUGAAGAAAGGUGCUUCAAAACUGAGAGAGAAAGUAAGCCCCGAAAGUAGACCUGUAGAUAUAGAUCCUAGAGUUCAAAAAGGUCUUACCAUUGCUAGAAAUGUCUCGGGAACGGUUUUGACCGUCAGUGGCUUUUUAGUUUCAAAACUUGGAAAACUAACUAUUGCAUUGGGUCACCAGUUAGCUCCUCAUGUUAGAAAGCAAGGGGAAAGAGCAAUGGCAGCUGUAUUUAACACCGAUGCCGUUGAUUCACAGAAAAAAAUGGAUGAUGUGAUGAUAGUGGCUGCUGGAGGACUGAAAGGUUUUUCCACCAUUUACAUGGGCCUCGAAUCUUCCGCAAGAUCACUUGCUCGUUGCCUUACUAAUGAAACUGUACAGACUGUCAAUCACAAAUAUGGCAGUAGUGCAAGUGCCACGGUCGACAAUACAAUGAAUGCGAUAGGCAACAUGGCACUGAGUGCAUACAAUAUUAAUUCUCUCGGCGUCAAGGCAAUAGCUAAGAGAACGGCCAAGGAUACUGGAAGGGCGGUACUCGAAGACUACAUAGACGCCACCGAUCCUGGUUCGGAAUAUCACAGACGGCAUAAUGGCGAACCUUCUAAUUAUCCAGAAAAAUCCGAUCCAGCAAAUAAAAAUUGUAAAUAAUUAAAUUACCGAAAUACUAAAAUAUUUUUGUAUUAACAAAAUUCUCAAAAAUAGCGCAUUUAAAAAAUAUUUAGAAGUUUGUUUAACAUGUGCUUACAGCAAUUUUUAAAUUUUGAGUGAAGGCGAUGUCUUUAAAAACAUCCUUUUUAUACCAAUGCCUAUAUAAUUAUAUAAACUUUAUUUAUAUUCAACAAAUAUUCUUCCAUUAAUGAAUUUAUAAUAACUCAAUUGGUUUUAUUCCUACAUUUUAUAAUUUGCUAUCUAAUAAUUAAAAUAAUUCAUAAGUAUUUCCUACUCUUGAAAAUGGUAAUUGAAAUCCUUUGAAUCAAUAAAAUACUUACAUUAAACAAUUUUUAUUCAAUUUAAAGCAUGAUCUAAAGAAUAAAAUUAAAUAAUAUGUAGAAUUUUAUUAAUUUCUUUCUAACAAGUAAGUUUAAAAAAAAUAGAGAUAAUAGGUUUUAAGUAUUAAUAUUGGAUUGUCUAGAAAACUCAUGCCGAUUUUCCCCAUUAAAAACUGUGAAUAUUUUUUAUUUGCUUAAUUAAAUUUUAAUUAAUAUUUUCUCUUCAUUCUUACGAUCCUCUUCUGUUUACCAAAUACUAUUAGAGAGAUUGAGGCGCACGUUUUAAACAUGUAAACGUGUACGUGUGACGUUCGGCGCCGCUUUCCCGUAAGCCUAAAAGUUUGACAAUG